AUGCAUGCAGCGCAAAAAAUGCAAGAAAAGAAGGAGGAGGAAGAAAGUGUUCUCAAGCGCCGGGCAAAUGCCUUCUACAGUGACUUGUUUGGCCGCUCCGCUGCCUACGACAACCAAGAGGCUAUGUUGUCAGCUCGAAGGGGAAAGAAUCGAACUUCCCAUGAGGAGCACCUCAUUGUUCAUCAGGAUUGGAGCGACUGCCGAACUGAGCUGCUGCCAGGGGCCCGCAAAGGGCAGGACGCUACGCCACAAGUGCGCCGGAGCGAAGAGCUCCAUCAGGCCCGGAUCUUCGGCGAGGAGAAUGGCAGCUGGAAGAGCCCUAGUAAGUUGGAAGCGGUCUCUCACGACAACUCUGAGAAAAUCAAGUACAGUGAUGGCAUGAGCACUCGUCAGCUGCAGCAGGGGCAUCUGAAAGCUACCCUCCAGUCUGACGACUUCUACAAGAAUGCCAGCAACAUCAAGGAAUGGGAGGUAAUCGAGCUGCACGUCUCCGGCUUGCCUCAUGAUGCAGAUGACGUGCCAACCCCCUUUCGGAGGUAUUGUCAUUCUCCAAAGUGUCAAGGCAUUGCUUGGAGAACUGCUUCGUUGCACCUCCGAACUGCGCAGUUGCAUGAUGAAGAACGACGAGUCCAUGAAACCAAAGUGGACAAAACAUGGCUUGUGGACACACAGUUCUUGCACGUAUCCCUGACCUUUGCAACACCUGGUUUUUCUAACUUCUCUUUUCCAGGCAAAUGCAAGAGUAAUCCGAGGAACAACGUGUUUGGAAGAUUAGCCUCUGUCAGCUUGCAGACUCACGUUAACUUAAUGCAGUGGAUUUCAGAAGCCUUUCCACUUGGGCCCAAUGGAAGCGUGCGGCCCUCACUUGCACCGUUUGCAUCAUAA